GCCUCCGUCAAGGGGCAUGCGGACGUGUUUGCCCUACUGGUUGAGCAUGGAGCUGACGUGAACGCGUCUGAUAUGUGGAGCUCGACUAGCCUGCAUGAAGCUGCCCGCUUCGGCCGAUGCGACAUGAUCCAGUGCCUGGUGGACGCUGGUGCUGACCUGGAGGCAAGGGACUGGGGCUCGAGGACUCCCUUACAUGUGGCAGCCGAGCAUGGCGAGACUGAGGCGUGUGAUCUCUUCCUGGAGCUCGGGGCGUCGCUGGAAGCGCGAGCGGAGAACGACUUCAACGCUCUUGAGUGGGCGGAG